AUGGCCCACAUCAUUGUCAUUACCAUCCUUGCAAUACUUUUCACUUCUAUUUUCGCAAAGGAAUUUAUUGUUGGGGAUGACAAUGGUUGGACCCCUUACUUCAAUUACCAAGCCUGGGCUAAGGGAAAGGAGUUUGUGAUCGGAGACAAACUAGCUUUCAACUAUCCGGUAGGAGCUCACAAUGUCUUCAAAGUCAAUGGAGCUGGCUUCCAAGAGUGCAUCAAGCCACCUCUUAGUGAGGCUCUGACCACCGGAAGUGAUGUGAUCACCCUUGCCACCCCGGGGAGAAAAUGGUAUAUUUGUGAUGUUGCCAAGCAUUGUGCGGUUGGAAAUCAGAAGCUCAUCAUAACUGUUCUGCCUCAAUCUACAUCUCCAGCAUAUGAGUCUGCAAUGAAAUUUGUCGUUGGGGAUGACAAUGGUUGGACCCCUUACUUCAAUUAUCAAGCUUGGGCCGAGGGAAAGAAGUUUGUGGUCAGAGACAAACUAGUUUUUAACUAUCCUGUAGGAGUGCAUAAUGUCUUCAAAGUCAAUGGAACUGGCUUCCAAGAGUGCAUAAAGCCACCUCUCAGUGAGGCUUUGACCACCGGAAGUGAUGUGAUCACCCUUGCCACUCCGGGGAGAAAAUGGUACAUUUGUGGUGUUGCUAAUCAUUGUGCAGUAGGAAAUCAAAAGUUGGUCAUAACUGUUCUGCCUCAAUCUACAUCUCCAAUGUCAGCCGCUCCAAUUCUUGCAACGGAAUUCAUUGUUGGAGACAAUGACGGUUGGAAAACCGACGUCGAUUACCAAGCUUGGGCCAAAGGAAAAAUGUUUAUGGUCGGAGACACACUAGUUUUCAAAUACGAGAAGGGAUCCCACAACGUGUUCAAGGUGAACGGAACUGGCUUCCAACAAUGCAUUGUGCCUCCGCCCAACGAGGCUCUGACCAGCGGAAAUGAUGUCAUCACCCUCAAGGCUGGGGGACUGAAAUGGUACAUUUGCGGUAUGGGGCAGCACUGUGAGGUGGGGAAGCAGAAGCUUGCCAUAAUGGUAUAUGAUUCAAUGGCUCCAGCACCUACGCCUGUACCUGAAAAGGACUCUGCAACACAAGGAAUGGUUGCUUAUGGGUUGAUGGCUGCGGCAUUUGGGGUUCUUUUGAUUUUCACACUUUAA